AUGACUGAUGCAACCGUGCAAUCCAAUACUUUCCGGUUCUUCGACCUCCCAGCAGAGUUGCGUGAGCAAGUUUACCAUCACGUCCUGGCUCCGACGGGAGAUCUGACGCUUACUUCUACCAAAUCAAAGCCCUUCGCCAUACGUCCAGUCAUCAAUCUGGGUCUAUUGCGCAGUUGCCGCCUUAUCGACCGGGAGGCGAAUGGCGUUCUCUACAACGCCAACGAAGUCUGCAUUGUUCUCAAUGCUCAUGAUACCUACUGGCCCACCAUCUCGGAACGCCGCCUUCCACAAGCGGCACUGCAAAAGAUCCGGCAUUUAAGCGUCAUCCUGGACUGUACGGAGUACUUCAAUGCUUCAUAUGCCGACGUGGACUUUGAUGCCUUCAAUUCACUGACAGCACUGAGGACGCUUCGUAUAGCGAUGGUCUACCGCAAGCAUUACGCCACCCAGAAACUGGCACCUUUGCAUAUCGCUACGCUGCCAAAUUACAACGCGGUUGCGCAAAUUCUGGAGCGCAUACCUGCAAGUACAACACUCUAUUUCGGGUCUGAGGUCGGAAGUCAGCAGCAUGAUGUCGUGCUCGACUUGAUCGAGGACCGAAUUUCAAGCCGUGGCCUUUUCAAGGUGGAGGAAGCGCCUGCUGCGGAUCUCGAAGCCGCCGCAAAGGGUGUGCCGGGCUUGGUAAGAGGAUGCAAGUCAGGCAUCAUCCAGAAUAUUUAUCUCCGGAGUACUGCCGUGCUCGAGAAGUUUGAAUUAAGACCACCGAGAGUCGUUUAA